AUGAGGAGCGAGCCGGCGGCGGCGGCGCCGCUGCGCAGCAGCGAGCCCCUCGCCGGGCCGCCGGUGCCGGCCCGGGCGGCCUGGCUGCUGGAGGAGGCGACGGACCUGCUGGUGCUGCACCGCGACUUCGCCGCCGCCCUGGAGCGGUGCGAGGCCGGCUGCGACAGCCUGGGCCCCGCCGCGGCCGCCGCCGGGAGCUCUGCAGAAGUGAAAUGCUCCCUCUGCGUUGUGGGGAUUCAGGCCCUGGCGGAGAUGAACCGGUGGCGGGAAGUGCUGUCUUGGGUACUGCAGUACUAUCACGUCCCCGAGCAUCUGCCUCCGAAAAUUCUGGAGCUGUGUAUCCUGUUAUAUAGCAGAGUGAGAGAGCCGCAGAUCAUGCUGGAGGUUGGCAGUAGCUGGCUGAGAGACAUAACCAAUAAGAGCCUUCCUGAGUAUGGUUCAUUGCUGGAGCUCUAUCUGUUGCGUGUUUUGCUUCCCCUGGGCCAGUUUGAGGGGGCAGAAGAGCUUGUACGGGGCUGCGAUGUUUUUGACAGUGCACAACAGCUAGCACUUCUCAAGACCAUUUGUGAAAGCCAAUGUCAGUGGACUCGACAGGAAGUGAUGCACUCAACUGCUGAAGAGCAGCAGAACAUCAUAAGAGAGACAGUUCUGGGUGCUCUGUCCCAAAAGCUCUUGACCGUGUUGAGAUUGUUCCGUAGAGCACUGAGGUCCAUGUCAAGCCAUUUCUAUUUAAUUCCUUACAAAAAGAUGCUCUUGGCUGCUUUUAUGCUAUAUCUGGUGGUUGUGAGAUUAGACCCAGCUUCUCCCACAUCACUGCCGUUUCUUUACAGACUGGUCCACCUCUUCCGACAGGUUUGGGCAGCUGUAUCUUCUCCAGUCCGCAGGCCUCUGGUUCAAGACUAAGUGGUUAACCUCACAGUACCUGGGGUUUUUUUUUAUGCUGCUGCAGGAGUGUCAGCUUGUCUUGAGGACUUCAUUGGGCUCUUCAAGGACUGUUGAGAUCAGUGUCCCUGUUGAGAUGGCCACUUGUGAACUCCUGUGUGAUGACAUCUUCCUUUCUUCAGACAGGGAACUGUUGUACGAAUUCUGAAACCAUGCCAAGUAUUCCCCACCCACACAUGCUUUGCUUGGCUCUGCAGUAUCAUAUUAUCAAAUAGUUGGUUAAAACUACUCCCUUAACCUAGAACUGAAUAAGAAGCCCUUUAAAAUAGUUUGCUUUGGAUAUACCUCCUCAGUGAGAGUUGUGUAGCUAGCUGUGAGCUAGGCUCACUGACAUGUUUUGGAAGAAGGCUCCAUCCUUGCAAAUGUCGGGCAGUUCUCUGAACAAGGGAAGUAGCAUUCUUGGAGGCAGGACCAUAAAAGAUGAUAAAGUACCAAGUAAUUAGGGGAAAACACUGUUUUGUCAGAAAAGCCCAGUUCCUGCCACAUGGGAUUUGGGACAUGCAUGUGGAAAUAGAAAAUGGAACCUUGUUGCCUCUUGAAAGUUAUAGUUUCUCUUGAUUGAUACCUCCUCAUAUAGGCAUUCUUGAUUUUAGUUGUAUCUAAGCCAGAAAAUGAAGGUAGUGGGACACCAAGACUUGUCCUGCACUUACUGUUCCAAAAUGCAUAUUACAGCACUUUGUGCUUGCCUAAUGCAUAAAAAUUUUUUAGGAGCAUGUGGUGCUAAGGAAAUAGAUUCUAUAUAUACAUAUAUAUAUAUAUGUAUAUAUAUAAACUAUAUUCCAUAUUAUUGUCUAGACUCUGCCUAAGUUCUAAAAUAUGACUUUAGUAAACAGUUGAAGUUGUUGCAUUGUUUUACUCUAAGUGUUUCCCUAUGUUUUGUUAUGUUUAUUUAGAUGUCAGAAAGCCUCCAUAUGUCUAGAAUACUGCCUGCACCAUACCUAAAGUCUUGAUUUAGAUGAAAGCCAUUUAUCAACGCUACUGUCACUUAGAGGAAAAGUUUUGAAUAGGUAGAAGGAUAUUUCCCAAACCUUCCCCAAAGCUGUGGCAAGAAAACUGUCUUUGCAGAAUACUUUGAUUUGUCACCAGAUUGACCCCAUUUCAGGCUACUGAUUAGGAUUCCUAGGGGCAAAGGCUGGAGGUUUAGACAUUUCAUUUCUCCUCAAACUAUCCACCUAUCAUAUCGGUACAAGGGAGAGAGCACUUCACUUACCUUUUUAAACACUGUUUCUACUGAAGCAAGUUGUAUGUAUAGUGGAGAAAACAAGUUGGCAGCAAGGAGCCUUUGUGGCAAAUGUAGUCAGCUAUCCCAGCAGCUGUGCCAAGAAGAGUCAGACUGGUAACAGCCAAAACUGCAAAAUAAGCCCUUUUUGGUAGGCUCCAUCCAACACACCAAACUUGUGGUAAGUAGCCAAUAUAGAUCCCAGCACAGUUUCUUACAACAGUAGUCCUCUUCAGAUUGUUCCCUUUUCUCUAGCAGUAAUUCCCUAGCAAAAAUUUUAUAUGGAGGUGGUGGUUACUUCUCUAAAAGGAUAGCAGAGUUGAUGUCUUCAAGCUGUGUGCUGUAUUGCUUUGCUGUCUAUCAGACCACUUUGAAAAGAGUCUGCAUUUGCAUUGCUAAAAAUGAAUCCAUGUCUAGUUCUUCUUGAAGUAUCCCAAUAGAGAGAAAUACUCCAGUAGUACUGUGAGAUAAACUGGGGCAAGUCAUUUAUGAAAGUAGAAUGCAGUAAUGACCUUGCUUAGUUGUCUCAUAAUAAAAACUAAGACUUUACAGCAGGAUAAAUAGCACAUAAUGCUUCAUCCUCAUUAUAUUUAAAAAAUUAUUUCUUGUGUGCCCUGUGCAUAUAGGGAAUAUACUGAUGUUGCUCUGUGAAUUUUGUCACAGCUGUCAGUGUUCCAGCUUGUGUCCAACACUUGAUGGAAAAUGGAUGGCAUCAAACACAUACGGGCUCUGUCCAGAUUUGAGCUCUUCCAAUAACAACUAUGAUGUAUCUACUGGCCCCCUGUUUUACAGGACCUAACUCUAAAUACUUUGUAAAGCAGUUAAUGAAAUAUCAAAGUUCCCUGUAAAGGAAGGCCAAAUCUUAACCAAUACUUGACUGUUUGGGUAGCAACAACUUGUUUGCUCUAGUUUUCUAUUCAUGUUUUUAGUUAGCACAGUUGCAUUUGUAGAGUUGGGACCAGUGGUAUGUAGAGACCAUAUGUUAAGUUUAGAAUCCUGUUAAAUGUCGUAGGUGUUAAUUUCCUGGGACAUUGAUUAAAAUCAGAUUGAAUGUAUGAUUUGGCAACCUCCACUUUUUUUCACUACUACUGAUUUUGCAUUUGUGUUAUAUUUAAUUCAUCAUGAAAGGGAAAGAAGGCAGAAACAAGAUACCUCUUUUUCAAUUAAUACUAAAAAUGCAAUAUUUAUUUUUCACAAUAAAAAUGACUACUGAUUUACCUCUUCAUAGAGGUGCCUAUUUGUGCUGUGAUUAAGUAUAUUAAAAUUCUCACAUUUAAUGUAUUGAUACUUCACAAUUUUCAGAUCACUUCUGGAAAUGUCAUUAUCUGUCCUAAUCAUACAAACAUACUUGAAUUAAGUAGAGGAGUUAUUCAUUGUGAAUAACUGCCUGACUAGAUCUAAUGAAGUGAUCAUGCUGGUAUUUACAUUUUAGACCUACAUUAAGAAAAUGCUUAAUACUUUCCAUGAAAGAUGCAGGAUUUUUUUUGUUUUUGUUUUUUUAAUAAUGUAAGUGCCUGGGUGUACUUUUGGAUGGCCAAGAUCAGUAUUAUCAAGAAUAAAAUAUUUGUUAUUUA